GUCGUUAAACUGAGAUCCACACGGAGCGCGAGCCGAUGGCAUCUUUUGCUGUAGCCCUCGUUAGUUUCAGAAACUCUUAACUACUAAUUAUUAUUUGGAAGUCUUUAUGUAGCUUUAUCAGUGAUUUUAAAUUAUUUUAGAAGGCUUAUUUGCUCUCUUAUAGACUAGUUGACUUAAUAGUGUGGUUUUAGGUUUUGCACGGUCUGUCUGCAUCCCCAUGCGUUAACACAUUUGUUUGGCUUAAAAGUAAAAAAAAAUCGAUUCGUUUAAGUGGCGACUCAACUUAAAAACUUCGAGACUGAGGAGUUGAUCGGCUUUUCCAUCCCGGGAUGUAUGUUUGAUCCGCAUGGUGGGGAUGCAUCCUCCGGCUUAUUAAACAUUAGCUAGCGGCGAUUACCCUGAGCAGGGCAUCGGCAGAUAAGCUGCUGUAAGGCUGGAUCUUUACUAUUUAUUUGUCACGGUGACGCGGAGAAAGUUAAUAUUAUAAACAGCGGGUUUUAGUUUGUGGCAGAGGGGUAGAAGAGUGACUGAACGGGUGUUAAGAGACUCAUCUGCGGUCUUUCAUUGUGAGUUUAUGUGUGACUGGUUAAAUAGGCUACAUGCGAAAUAAAGAGAAUUUGGACAUAAAUCGAUUUUUGCUAUUCCGUAUUAAAUGUAAUGCAUACUCAGCAAGAGCUUUAUGUCCGCAGAUCUGACAGCAAAAGCGUGUCUCGGGCUGCAUGCUGUUAACACAGGCUACGUUUUAAAACUAUAUUUUUCUAUAAUGUGUUUUCAAUUUUCUCAAGAAUUGUAGUUCGGUAUUACUUUUUUUUUAAAGGAAGACAUUUUAUUAGAGUUUUAAUCUCAGUUUAAAAGAAGUACUUUUGCAAAGCGGAACGUUUUUAAAUAGUAAGGCUGGGGGAAAAUUAAAAAGACCUAGAAAAAGAAAGUGCUGGUUUCUUCUCCACAAAGAAUCAUUUGAACUUCCCACCGCAGAGCGAGAAGGACAUAAAUAGUUUUGACAUGUGGAUGUAAUUUCAGAAAAAAGACAGAUGCAGGGAAAUAAAAAAGAGUGAGCUCAGUUUGAAUGGGUUACAGAUUUGAGAGCAGAGGAGGGAAGCCAAAAGAUUAUUUUUUAUAAUUUUAUAAGCCACUAUCAGCUACGUUAUGGGGGAGCAGAUGGAUUGAGAGUGACUUAUCCUUCGGCACCGCUUUAAGCGGAAGGGGAGAAAGUCAGAGAAAAGCGCGUUUAAGUGGGCGUCACGUUUUAUGAAGUUACUUUAUUGCAGCGGAUCUUCUUUAGUUAUGGGAUCCACUCUGCUGAUUCACGGCGUGGGUUUUCUGCUUUGCUGCUCCAUCAUGAGCUGCAUCUAUGGUCUGAUAGAUGCUGAUGAUGUUAUCACCACGGAGGAGCAGAUCCACCUGCUGUUCAGUGCCAAGCGGACGUGUGAGAUAGAGAUCAAGUCCAAGAACAAGACUUCAGACGGCUUCUGCCAGCCGGAAUGGGAUGGCAUCGUGUGCUGGCCAGGGGGGGGGCCCGGCAAGGUCGUGUCCACCGCCUGCCCCAACUACAUCUACGACUUCAACCAUAAAGGCCACGCCUACCGCCGCUGCGAUAUGAAUGGGACCUGGGAGCUGGCCAGCACAAACAACAAAACCUGGGCCAAUUACAGCGAAUGUGCCAAGUUUCUCGCUCAUUACAACCAGAGCCGCGAAAAGGACGUCUUUGACCGACUAUUUCUGAUUUACACCGUGGGCUACUCUGUCUCCCUGGGAUCUCUCAUGGUAGCCGUUGUCAUCUUGGGAUAUUUUCGGCGGUUGCACUGCACCAGGAACUACAUCCACAUGCACCUCUUUGUGUCGUUCAUGCUCCGCGCGAUCAGCAUCUUCGUCAAGGACGUGGUGCUGUACUCCGGUUCCGCCAUGGAGAACAUGGAGCGGGUCAGUGUAGAGGACCUGAAGUCCAUCACCGAGGCGCCCUUUUCUGAUAAAUCCCAGUUUGUUGGCUGUAAGAUUGCCGUCACCCUGUUUCUCUACUUCCUGGCCACCAAUUACUACUGGAUCCUUGUGGAGGGGCUGUACCUGCACAGCCUCAUCUUCAUGACCUUCUUUUCGGACAGGAAGUAUCUCUGGGGCUUCACCCUCAUUGGCUGGGGGGUCCCUGCCAUGUUCGUCACGGUGUGGGCGACCGUAAGGGCACUGCUGGCAGACACAGAAUGCUGGGAUCUGAGCGCAGGCAACCUGAAGUGGAUUUUUCAAGUGCCGAUCCUGGCAGCCAUCGUGGUAAACUUCUUGCUCUUCUUAAAUAUAAUCCGAGUCCUGGCGACAAAAUUGCGCGAGACAAAUGCGGGUCGCUGCGACACCAGGCAGCAGUACAGGAAGCUGCUGAAAUCCACGCUGGUGCUCAUGCCUCUGUUUGGGGUGCACUACAUCGUCUUCAUGGCCAUGCCCUAUACGGAGGUGUCUGGGGUGCCCUGGCAGAUCCAGAUGCAUUACGAGAUGCUUUUCAACUCAUUCCAGGGAUUCUUUGUGGCGAUCAUAUACUGCUUCUGCAAUGGAGAGGUGCAGGCAGAAAUCAAGAAGUCGUGGAGCAGGAGGACGCUGGCUUUGGACUUUAAGCGGAAAGCGAGGAGCGGAAGCAGCACAUACAGCUACGGACCUAUGGUGUCGCACACCAGCGUGACCAACGUGACUGGGAGGGGCCCCUUGGCCCUGCACCUCACCACCCGCCUGGGCCCCGUCUCCAUCAACGGCCACCGGAACCUCCCGGGCUACGUCAAGAACGGCUCUGUCUCGGAGAACUCCAUCCCCUCUUCCGGGCAGGAGGUGCACAUCCCAGAGGAGGUGCACCCAAAUGGCACAGGGCUACGUGAGGAGGACAAGCCCCCUCCACUGGUGGAGGAGGAGAGGGAGACGGUCAUGUGACUCCAUGCCUGUGAUCAGCAGUGAGCGCCAGUUAUCAAGGGAGCUAAAUCAUUAGCUGCCUCCCCCUCAGGAUUUUACUUAUCGGUUGGCUGCGGCCUUCUGUCGAGCUAAACUGUACUAGAAUAUUGCCUCUGGAAGAGCUGGGCUUUGCUCAGAAUGGACCGUCUUUGUUUUGGCCAGGAUGCAGUGUUGCAGUGGACCAUCAGAACAGUCUUAUUCACCUCUGGGUUGGUGUCUCCCAGAGCUUCUUUCACCAGCAAUACUGGGCAGUCCUUGCAGUUGUAAACACUGGCUCUGAAGUCAUGUAAGGUCAACUAGGACUUCAUCACAGUCGCUACCACACACGUGUUGAUCUACACUUGGUGAUCUCCUUAGCUUUAUAGCAUUAACCAGUGUUUUCACUGACUGUCCAUAUCAUUGGCUUUCAUUAUAUCCUUCACUACGCGGUUGUGGUUGUUUCUUCUGUCACCUGAUGACUGUGUGAUGGGACAGAAAUGACCAGAUCUGUCAUGCUUACAUUCAGGUUUGCUCAUCUCAGGCCUAAAGCGAAAAGCAUUAUGACAUACUGUAAGAUGCAGUGCCUCGUUGCACGUUUUCCUUGAGGUGGGUCAUGGUCAGGUUAGUUCGGGGCAGAUCAACAAACAGGUCGUUUCCAAAAGCAACUGGAUGUCACCAUUGGAACCAAAAGUAAACCAAAGGAAUUCUGGGAAAGUUCAACAGUGGGGUAUUUAUUAGCGUCGGACAGAUGUUUGAGUUACUCCGUGGCUUAUCGUGUGAUGGAGCUGUGGACUGAAACCUCAGAGGACGUUUUUAUUAACCUUUGUCUAAUUAAUAAUCCCUUGUCACAGACAUACAGUAAGUUUGGAACAUGGACCUCAGUACUGAUUUCCGCACCAGUCCGUCUACAGGCUCAUUCGUUGCCACCAGACUUAUGACCAAGAACUCGGUAAAAGGGAAUGAAGCUAUAUGUAUAACUAAUGUUUAGUUAAUUUUUAGUUAAUGUUUAGUUAGCGUUGUCCUACUGUAUGAGUACACUUCCAGUACUGUUCCAUUGGCUCCAGGCUGAUGUAAUAAUCUGUGAUAGACCUUUCCAAAUAGAAGCAAAUUCUACACUUUGUUCUGCUUUGUGAUGGGUCCAGCAUUGUUACAACAAGCAAAAAAAGGUCACCUCUGUCAUCUUUAACUCAAUUUGCAUUGGUGGUGCUGAAAUAUGAAAUUGGAAAUGAUUGUAUGCUCAUUGAGGCUCAUCUACAAAAUAUAUAUUUGGAUUUUGAACAGAUUUGGGACCAUUGAUAAUUCACAUUCCAGUCACUCGAAACGGCUAAAAUACCGGUGAAUGUACAAUGCAUAGAACAUUUGGUCAGUAUUGGAUUUGUGACACACUGGUGUUACAUGUGUAUUGGCUCUCAAGGAAGUUCUUCAAGGCAACAGAAGGCAAACUGAGGUAUUAUAUUAUUGUUAUUAUUUCUAAUCAAGCAGCCAAGUACCCCAGUAAAACUGUAAUGGUUACAACUGGAGUUUGUGUGUUAAACAGUGUUAGUUGUCAGUCAUUGAACAAUGUAAUCAAAAUCAAACAAAAAAAUCUGUUAAGAAGGGUGAAUUGUUCAAAGAUUUUUUUUUUUUACUGUGACACUAUAGUGACAACAAAAAAAUAUCAUAUUUGAGAAAAUGAUACAAAAGUUUCCUAUGGUACAGUGAUAUGCUGCUCUUGUAUAUAUGUUAAUUACUUACCUUUGAAUCGCAGUCACUAUGUUUACAAACAUAUCCAUCUAUUUGUCGGCUAAUCAGAUGUCAGCUUGUGGAGGGGCUUGUUUUAAAACAAUGUACAAUUAAACAGGCUGGGGGGGGAAAAUAAAUAUGUUUUUGCAUUUGUUUAGAUAUUAUUUUUUACAUUAAGAAAAAAUAUAUUUUGCAGUGGGCUAGAGAAUAAGUGAGUGCUUUUUUUGCACAAGUUAUUUAUUUUAACGUCUUUCUUGACAUCAUUGUAUUCUAAUGUAAAUAAAGAGAAGCAGUAUUAACACUGAAAGGAUUUUUUCUGUACUUGGCAAAAGGAGGACUUUUAUUCUGGAUAUAUUCAUGUAAAAAGGUGAUCAGUAAAUCAUGACGUACAAUAUUUGUUCCCCAAGUUGACUGACAUAUAAAAGUCAUUCUAAUCAUCAGAUUUUGGGUUUAAUUAUGAAUUAGAAAAGGGAGUUUUAUUAACUGAACAGGAGCAGGCAAACGAACGAGAGCAGGAAGGGUUAAAGCAGGAAGGGGAGUACAGGGAAGGACAUGGAGACACAGGAGGUGCAUCGUCAGUGACCGUACUGGGGAUGACAGCAGGUACUUAAGUACAAAGACUAAGGAGGUGCAACAAGCAACAGGUGUGGCUCCUCAGGGCCACGUUAGGGAGGAGACAGGAGAGACAGGCAGGACCCUUAAAAGCUACAAUGAAGCAUGUAUUCAUCGGGAUUAUAAAUACAAGCAGUUCAGUCACAUUUUUUCUUCCCUGACUUUCUCCUGGAAAUCAAAUUAAGGACUAAGAACAGGUCCAGUGAGGUCAUUCUAACGUUUGUGCCCUGGGUGACCCUAGCACACGCAGUGCCGUUUUAUUGCUUAACGCUUGAAAGAAAUGUUCGGAACAUUGUUACCAACAUGCCGUAAGCAUACAUUGUUAAAGGGGCUCAUAGCCUUAUUUGCGUAACCCCAAGAUGCUGGUUUGCAGCCAAGGAUAAGCUACAUUCUGCCAGGCUGAUGCCAUUGUAACCUGUAAGUCACUCACUGACAGGAAACAUUGUUGGACAGUUCUGCCGGAUUAUUAUUUUUCUUUAUUUUGUGUUCUGUCCAAAAUCCAGGAAGAGUCAUAAACUAUAGCUCAAUAGGUAACUUCUUUUGUGUUAUAUAUACAUAUAUAUAUAUUUUUUAAACUUGUUUAAACAAGCGUUGGCGGCUGCUUUGACUGAGCCAAUUUUAUUUUCACAUCCUUGCGCUCAAACAAAUCCGAUUACUUAUGACUAUCGGAAGCAAAACACAUUGAAAUUCUACUAGCACACAUUGCCAUUUAACCUGUCUGACACUAUCUCUGUCACAUCUGGGCCACCAAUGACAAUACUGUGCUGGGUCACUGGGGCGGGGGGGUAUUACAGGAACGCGCAACCUUCAGCUUUUCAUGUGUCUCAGUGUUUGACUGCCAAUGUAGGGAUCAAAUUAAUUUCAGGAUAUAAUCUAAUCAGGUCCAGACAGAACAUCUUCCCGUUCGUCCCAGGUCAGCCGAAUUAAUUGAGAAUUGUGUGAAGGUGUCUUGUUCACGCUCUUGUUCAAGCUCUGGUGGUGUCUGAAAUGAAACAGCAUGUACAUAAAGUGUAAAAUGUGCUCUAAUUUGAGAUGUUUGAAAUGUGGUGUAUAUUAUUACAGUAUUGCAGCACAUUAAAGAUCAGAUUCAA